AGGCUGCAGCAAGCACAUCAGCACAGACUGAGCACAAGUUCAUAUAACUACACAAGCGUUUUAUUCAGAUGAUUUUGUGUUCUCUCGGCGGAAAAUAUUGACAGAAUUAAAAAUGUUAAUUAUUGUUCAAGCUUUUCUUUGAAGUUACGAGAAUUAACUACUUUAUCAAGGAGGCAUCGCAAAGGACAGAGGGAGAAUGAAAAUGGGGGCCUGUGGCGUCUACUCUCAAGUGCUGCUGUGGUUCAACCUCAUCUCUCUUGUGACUUCCCUGAACCCAGAUGAUCCCAACGUGUGCAGCCACUGGGAGAGUUACGCGGUGACCGUACAAGAGUCUUAUGCUCAUCCAUUCGACCAGGUCUACUAUACCCGCUGCACAGACAUUCUCAACUGGUUCAAAUGCACAAGACACAGGAUCAGCUACAAGACAGCCUACAGAAGAGGUGUGAGAACAAUGUACAGACGACGCUCUCAGUGCUGCCCGGGUUUCUAUGAAAGUGGAGACCUGUGUGUUCCCUUGUGUACUGAACAGUGUGCCCACGGUCGGUGCGUUGCACCUGACACCUGCCAAUGUGAGCCUGGCUGGGGAGGACUGGACUGCUCUAGCGCCUGUGAAAGCGACUUCUGGGGUCCCCACUGCACUAACCGUUGCCAGUGUCGGAACGGGGCCAAAUGUAACCCAAUCACAGGAGCCUGCGUCUGCACAGAUGGCUAUCAGGGCUGGCGUUGCGAGGAGCUGUGUGAGAGUAACUUCUACGGCAAGGACUGUCUGCUAGAAUGCCAAUGCCUAAAUGGUGCAACAUGCCAUCAUGAAAAUGGCGAAUGCCUCUGCGCACCUGGAUACACUGGGGCCUUUUGUGAGAACCCUUGUCCACCAGGAAAGCAUGGCUCCUUGUGUGAGGAGCGCUGUUCCUGUCAGAACGGUGGAACGUGUCAUCAUGUGACUGGAGAGUGUUCCUGUCCUGCUGGUUGGGUGGGUACCGUGUGCGCACAGCCGUGUGAAUUUGGUUCAUUUGGCAUCAACUGCUCCUUGGAGUGCACGUGUCGUAAUGGAGGCCUUUGUGAUCACAUCAGUGGCCAGUGCCAAUGCACGGCUGGCUAUUUUGGAGAAAGGUGCCAGGAUGAAUGUCCAGUUGGCACCUAUGGACCACAGUGUGCCCACAAAUGUGACUGCCAAAAUGGGGCUAAGUGCUACCACAUAAAUGGUGCCUGUCUUUGCAAUGAGGGCUUCAAGGGUCCAAGCUGCCAAGACCGCUUCUGCCCAGCUGGAAUUUAUGGACUCCUCUGUGACAAGGACUGCCCCUGCAAAAUUGCAAACACACUCAGUUGUCACCCGUCAUCAGGAGAUUGCUCUUGUGCAGCGGGAUGGACAGGACUAUUAUGCAAUGAGACCUGUCCAUCAGGUUUCUACGGUGAAGGCUGCAAAGAAGUGUGUACCUGUGCUAACGGAGCUGACUGUGACGGCAUCACUGGAGUCUGCACGUGUGCUCCGGGAUACAUAGGUGAAGACUGCUCUGUUACCUGUCCAACAGGCCUCUAUGGAGUCAACUGCACAUCGUCAUGUAUUUGCCAAAACGAGAUCACAUGCUCACACAUUGAUGGCUUUUGCAGUUGCAAAGAAGGUUGGCAGGGAGUGGACUGCUCUAUCCCAUGCUCCAGUGGAACCUGGGGUCUAACCUGCAAUCAGACAUGUCAGUGUGCUAACGGGGCAGCUUGCGACCCCAUUAAUGGAAACUGCUCCUGCUCCCCUGGCUGGAGGGAUGAAUUAUGUGACAUUCCAUGUCAGGAAGGAACAUAUGGUCUGGACUGCAAAGAGAGAUGUGACUGUGCAAAUUCAGACGGUUGUCAUCCAGUAAGCGGCUCUUGCCGCUGUGUCACAGGUUGGACCGGUGUCCAUUGUGACAGUAUGUGUGAGGAGGGACAUUGGGGCCCCAACUGUUCUUAUGGCUGCACUUGUGUCAAUGGAGGCUCAUGCUCCCCUGAGGAUGGCACGUGUGCAUGUGCUCCUGGUUACCGUGGAACCAACUGCAAACGAACAUGUUCGCCUGGUUUCUAUGGCCAUCGCUGCAGCCAGUCGUGUCCUCAGUGUAUCCACAGUGACGGGGCGUGUCACCACAUCACUGGACACUGCGAAUGUUUGCCUGGUUUCUUUGGCACCCUCUGCAACCAGGUGUGUUCAAGUGGGAAAUAUGGUAAACACUGCGCUGAGACGUGCUUGUGCACAAACAACGGCACUUGCAAUCCCAUCGACGGCUCGUGUCAGUGCUACCCUGGAUGGAUUGGCGAGGACUGUUCCAGAACCUGUCCACAGGGCUCGUGGGGUCCCGAAUGCAUUCACACUUGUAACUGUCACAAUGACGCUCUGUGUAGCCCCACUGAUGGAGAGUGUGACUGCAGUCCUGGAUGGGCAGGACUCUUCUGUACUCAGCGCUGCCCAACAGGUUUCUACGGUGCUCAAUGUGCUGAAGUAUGUCGCUGUCAGAAUGGGGCUGACUGUGACCACAUCAGCGGGCAAUGUUCCUGCCGGACUGGCUUUAUUGGCGAAAGCUGUGAACUCAAGUGUCCUGCUGGGACCUUUGGCUAUGGCUGCCAGCAGCUUUGUGAGUGCAUGAACAACGCCACGUGCGACUACGUAACAGGAACCUGCUACUGUAGCACUGGAUUCAAAGGCAUUCGCUGCGACCAAGCGGCCCUGAUGAUGGAGGAGCUGAACCCAUACACCAAGAUCAGCCCCGCUAUGGCAUCAGAGCGCCAGUCAACGGGCGCCAUCCUUGGCAUCAUCUUUCUGCUGCUGCUCAUCAUGGCUAUGCUGGGGCUCGUGGUUUGGUUGCGCUACCGACAUAGAGAGAAAGGCCACCAUGUCCCGAAUGUCACCUACACACCCGCUCUUCACAUCAACUCCACUGAUUACUCUCUCUCUGCAGGGCUUCAGUGCACUGGCCUGCUGGCUUCUGCAGAGUCGUCACCUUGCAACAGCUCCAUUGGCCGCUGCUUCUCCAACCCCAGCUACCGCACGCUGGGCCCCUGCACCUACGCCGCUCAUUACGCCAAGCCGGACAAGAAGCGCUCCACCAAGAUGAAGGCCAAAGGACGACACAGGAACAGUGCUCCAGAGUGGGGCGCCUAUUGUAACCUCAGUGAGUUGGGCGUCUACUGCAUUGACCGGCGUUACAGUUACCAAGUGGAGCCUUACUAUAGAGAUUACAUGAAGAGCUCCAUGUCCAGCACCUGCUCCCUGAACAGCGAAAAUCCGUACGCCACCAUCAACGACCCGCCCGGCUUAGCGUGCAAACACUCGGAGAGCAGCUACGUAGAGAUGAAAUCACCAGCUCACCGUGAACAUUUGGCACGCUGCUGUACUGCGACCAUCAUCACCACUUCCAGUGCCAAUGUGCCUACUAACAAUAUCUACAACAUGGAGCCUACCAUCAGUAUCAUGCCAGGAGCUGGAGAUGUGAUGUUGCCCGGCUACCCACAGAAUCCUUAUGACCUACCCAGAAACAGCCACAUCCCCAGCCACUACGACCUGCUGCCUGUGCGGGCCAGCCCACCUGAAAGCCACAGCCCCUCUCUGCCUGGCAGCCCCACUGGUUCACUGCUCUAGAACAACCAGAUAAGACCCAGCUAUCUCCACGCCUGUCCCCCUGUGAACUGGAUCCAGUGUGAAAUACGAGGAAACUUUGAAGAGGUAGUUUGCGUUUGUAGUGUUCAAAGGAAAUUGAAAGGACAACAGAUGGGAGAGGCAGUGCCCACUACAUCGCACAGCUAUUUGAUACUUUGCCAUUGUAAAUAUGUUCAAUUUUGUGCUAUGAAACGUAUUUGUGUUUUCCUUUUUCUCACACCACCCCAAAAGCUUGUGAAAAAUAUAGGCUUCAGUCAGCCUUUAUACAGCUCUGUACCUUUUGGGGCUAUUCAGAUGAGACUGAUCUCCUGGACCCAUUUGAACAUGUGUGCGCACACACAGACAUGAAUUUAGUCAUUCAUUUUGUCAAGUACAAUUAAUAACAAACACUCACUUUUACUUACCGCAUUUUUCGGUCACACCUGAGAAUAAGUCGCACCAGCCAUAAAAUGCCCAAAAAACAUAUGGCGGAAAACACUCAGGUGAAUUGAAGUUCCGCUCUGAGACCCCCAAUUUGGCCAAAUUUCAAAAUUGUCAUAUAUGCAUGUGUGAUACAUAAUUUGAAAGCUUAAAAUCUCAAUUUUCUGGGGGAAGAAAAAUUUGAACUUUUUUUUUUUUUUAAGUUUUUUAAACAGCAAAACCCUAUCUGGAGGUGAGAGCACGUGAGAGCAGAGUUACAGACGCCAUGACUUUUAAAGAGAUAUUAUCGCGUACUUACCUUGUUUCGAUCCAAAAACUCCAUGUAGCAUGUAUCACUGAGUGUCAAGACACAGCUGUAAAUGGCCACAGCUGGAUUUUGGGGGGAUUUUAUGGGUAAAACAUGGUAAUAUAACAAGGGUUGCGAUGCAGAAAUCGCAGACAUCAAGGAGUGGUCGAGAUGUUCUUUUUCAUAUAUUUAACCUUCUAAACGUUUUUUUUUUUUCAAUGUUUCUUUGUUUGGAUCGGUUAUUUAUCAUCUAACAUAUCGAGGAAAAUGCGAGAGUAACAAAAAAAAUAAAAUCAGGCCAUAGUUAAAAGGUAGAUAUCUGUGACUUAUUUACGUACACCAUUUUUUUUCAUUGUGACGUAAUUUGGUUAAAAGUUUAAAAUAAAGUCUUUUUUUUUUAACAAUAUAUUAGACAUCAAUUAAUGAUUCUAAGCUAAAAAUGACAGACAUUUUUAAUAAGAAAUAUAAUUACUUACCUUUUCAUGGCUAGGUUGAAACAAAAGCUGUUGUGCGACAUCUGUAAACUGGGGUUUCCAGGGUAAAACGGACAAAUUAAAAAUAGUUCAGGGGCUUAAUGUGCCAUGAAUCUGCUAUUGCAGCAUAUAGACAUAUUGUUCUAUCAAACAAAACAGUUCUUUUGGCUUAAAAUACAGCAGUUUAUUUUAAAGAGGGGUGCAAGAUCAGAAACUGCUUUUUCAAGUCUUGUUUGUUUUCCGCCAUAUAUAAGUCGCACCGGAGUAUAAGUUACAUUUUGGGGGGGAAUUUACUUGAUAAAACCCAACACAUAGAACGGAUAUGUCAUCUUGAAAGGCAAUUUAAAAUAAAAAUAUAAUAGAGAAUAACAUACUGAAUAAGUGUACAGUAUGAUAAUUAGUGUUGCACCGAUACCAUUUUUUGGCCCCGAUACCGAUACCUGGCUGUGCAGUAUCGGCCGAUACCGAUACCAUACCGAUACCACUUUUUUUUUUUUUGUUUCCCAAGAGCUACAUAAUUGGAUGUGAAAUCCUUGCUAUCAAGGCUUUGUCAGGCUGUUGCUUAACUUUGCAAAAUAGGAAAAAGACUAGUACAAAGUAUAAUAUUAGCCCAACAGUAAGAAAGUGAAAAUAAGUUCAUAAUAAUAAACUCUGAAUGAACUGAGUAAACUUUUUUUUAAACCUCUCAAAGGCCAAUCAGUGCAAAUUUCAUGAAAUUAUUGUCACAUUCUGCUGCUGGUUAGAUCAUGUUUUGUUGCUGGGCUGUUAGUGGGGGCGUUCCUGACGUCACACCUGAAUCCAAUGCAGGCUCAUCAACGCAGCAUUUAACCACGGGUGAGCUCAGAGAAGGCUGCCGAGAUAUUUGCUUUGCUGAUCGCCAUUUGACAUCUCGCACUAUAGUCUCGCUACAUUUGCUUGUUACGCCCCUGCAUUGUUUUUUUUCUGUUAGUGUGCUGCACUCGUUUGUAACCUCUACCCUGUGCAGGUAUUUGAGUGUUUUUAUUUAGGCUUUUUGGCUCGCUGCUUAUCGUCUUAGUUAACCUUCGAGUUUGUAGUAUUGAGCUCCGUCAACCUGUUGUCAUGGACUCCUUUUGUUAUUUCUACUAUCCUGCGAUCGCGUGUUAUUUUUUGUUUGCAAUCAUUAAAACCUUGUACGUAUCCCCCGCUUGUUGUCCGCUUCGAGGUCCAACCAUGUUUCCGCAUUUGCGACGCUAACAAUUAUAAGUAAUAAUAAUUGACCACAGCAUCCCGUCUCUCUAUUAGCCUCCUUUUUUCGGGAGGGGGGGGUCCCUUAAUUCUAUUUCUGAAAGGUGGCAACCCUACUUUGGAAACAGUUCCCAAAUUACUGCAGCAUUUCUUUAAGUAAAACACAAGUAAAGUUGACAUAGUGAACUUACCAGAGAUUGUUGCACCUGUCCAGCACCCUUCCUCUGGAUAGCAGUCCUGCUCUUGCAGGCUCAAACUCGUUGUGUUCGUUCACGUUUCGUCUUCAAAUGUUUUAUCAGGUUCGAGGUAUUGAAACUGGCCGAUUUAACUCCACAUCUCAAAACUUUCAGGCCGCAAAUCUUGCAUGCAGCCAUUGAUUUUAAUUGACGGGAUUUCUAUUUUGAAAUAUUUUCCGACCGCCGCCAUGACGGCGCCUCCAUGUCGGCGCAGCCAAGCGGCCUUGUCAUUGGUCAGGAGUGGCUAUUGGCCCGUUCUCAUUGGUCUGGAGCAGGCCAAUAGCGAUAGCUGCUUGGUGUUCACGUGUCAUCACACAACACAGAGACAAAGUGUAGUGAGCGCCAGGAGAGAAAAAAAAAGGCUGCAGUCAAAUGUUAUAAUAAUGCACCGGUAAAUGGUAUCGCCGCCGUCUUUGUUGGUACUCGCCGAUACCGAUACCACCAUUUUGGGCCGAAUCGGCGGCCCCUGCCGAUACUAGUAUCGGUAUCGGUGCAUCUUUAAUGAUAAUGUUAACAGAGCUAGUAAGAGUUAUUCAGAUAACAAUAGCAUAAAGAACAUGCUAACAAAUUUACCAAACCAUCAGUGUCACUCCAAAACACCAAAAUAACAUGUGAAAUUAUAUAAUGUGUUAAUAAUUUCACACAUAAGUCGCUCCAGAGUAUAAGUCGCACCCCCAGCCAAACUAUGAAAAAAACUGUGACUUAUAGUGCGAAAAAUAGGUAUGCAGUGGUACCUCCACAUACGAUCCUUUCGACAUCCGAAGUAAAAUUUGACUCGUCAUUUGUCUCGACAUAUUUGACGAUUUAUGACAGCGCCACGAUUUCAUUGUUUUCGCACAAGACGGACACACGGCUGACUUUCGUGUGAGGGAAAGCAACGUGGGUCCCAACAAGGUUAUUGCCGGUGGUCAAAAAAAGGAAAAAGAUCACGCUUACCAUUGAAAUUAAGCAGGAAAUGAUAAAAAAAAAUAUGAGAGCAUCAGUGAACUGGCUCGACAAUACGGCCAGAAUAUGUCCACAAUCUCGAUGGUCCUUCUCCGACCUCCGUUCGCCAGUCUUUAUAAGUAAAGGUGACAAUUACUAUUAUUGUAACAUCGGUAAGGAUGUCGCGAGCAUUGUCAGGUUUUUAAUCAUUCAUUUCAGAACUUGUGUAACACAACACGCGAACAACAACAGAUCAUGAAAAGAGAAAGAAAAAACUUCCCACUCUUCCGCCCCUGUCACUCUCGUCAGUCACACGGUGCGUUAAGGAAACGCAUGCAAAACACACUUGCCACAUUAGAACCCGAUUAGUUACAUUAUUAUUAUCAUUAUUACCUGUAUUAUAUUCUUAUUAUUCCACUGUGUAUUCAUAAUUCAUUUGUUUUGCAAUGUGUAAUUGCUAUUAGUAAUCGGACUUGCAGUAUUUAUUAAGGGUUUAGCGUAGGUUUUUGGGCUGUGGAACGAAUGAAUCGAAUUACACUGCUCCAAAAAAAUAAAGGGAACACUAACGUAACACGCUGCAGAUCUCAAUGAAUGAAAUAUUUUUAUGAAAUACUUUGUUCUUUCCAUAGUUGAAUGUGCUGACAACAAAGUCACACAAAAAUUAUCCAUGAAAAUCAAAUGCAUCAACCCACGAAGGUCUUGAUUUGGAGUAACAAGUUUCCGAGGUACUUCCACUUGACUUCCUGCUUUCUGCUCGCGACUUCCAUUCUCACGUUAUUUUAACAUUGACAGCAAUGGCGCUGGAGUGGCAUCACUUACUAAAAACCCUGAAAAAAGCACUAUUUGGGAAUACCGCAUAUUAACGUAUUUUAUUAACUCUAUGGCAGUGGAUGAAAACGCCAUCAGGAACCAGUUUAAUGAGAAGAAAUAGAAGAGAUACACAAUGCCGUCUUAUCACAAGAGUGACGCACCAACUCGGGUAAUCUGCUCUCCCAGCAAACUCCAAGGACAAAGCGCUUUGUCCUAAAACAAGUACAACCAGCCCGGACAGCAAAGUUGAUAGCGGGCGUCCCAAUCCGCGCACGAACCUAAGCCGCCCAAAACCGGCCACAGCGGGGAUGGCCCAAAAGCAACGCCCAGAAACGCCUUCGACAAGACCCGCAUCAGCAAAGACUUCAAAAAGACUGGACACUGAGAUAAGACAGAUUUUCUUCUGCUCGGAAACAUGUAACCUUGUUUUGGAUCCAGAAUUGUCCCUCCGUCGUCUGUUUUUGCCUUGUUUUUUACCAUUGUCGACGAAUAAAUUGUCAACCUGUUUUCGGCGAGUGUUCUUCAAGCUUUUGAAACAUGGAGUCAGUGUGCAAAGGGUUAACACAGGAACGCGCGGUGUUUAGCUUCCUCCUGGCCUGGCUCUUCGGGGGCGUCGAGCGGCGGAGCACAUUUCCAUUCUGUUGCUGGCCUCCCCGUGCGGUUUGGGCUGGGAGGACUAAAUUCCUUCAGUUGGUGACCCUACGUGAUGGUUUGACGACGUGAUAGGCCCAGACGAUGGAGGGGAUGGACGAACGGCUGCGGAAGAGUCAACUGGAGCCCUUUUAGGUGCACCGCUAAAAGCCGAAAAGGUAAAAAGACGUUUUGUCAUAAUUUAAGGCGGGUGAAAGUUGACUUGAAGCGACCUUCGACCAUUUUGUGUUUUGUCUAACGGUGAAUGUUGCAUUCUGGCAUAUGGGGAAUUAGUUUGGUAACAGUAUUCUUAACACUAGAGGGGUAUUUUAUAGAUUUGUGCAUGAAGUACAACAUCCAUUGCGUAGUUUAGGCUGGGCGAAAGAUAGAUAAAAAAAAAAAGAAAAUCAAAAAAACACACAAAAAAACUUAAAAAAAAUAAAAAUAAUUUUUUUUAAAAAGUAAAAUAAAAGGACAAGUUAGAUUAGGAAGCGUGGUGUCCUCUGGAAGCCGAUUAAAUUGCGAGAGACGGCAAUUGAGAAGGGGUUGUGAGUCGCCCCCUCCCUCCCCAACCCCCAACCUUCCCUUCCAAAUGCUGGUUGGCGUCUGGGCGACACAAUCACCGGAUUGUUGUUGUUUCCCUAUUUGAUUUGGUGGGACACACGUAAUAUAAGUUAGAUUAGGAAGCGUGGUGUCCUCUGGAAUCCAAUUAAAUUG